AUGGGCGGGCCGACGCGCGUGCGUCGACUUGGAACCUUGAAGAUUGACAUCUCAAGGUACAAGGGAACCGAUGAAGGUUCCCUUUUGAGGUGGUUCGUCGAGUUAGACGAUGCCAUCAGGGCCCGUCGCAUCGAGGGUGACGAGAUGCAAGUCACCUUCGCCCUGUAUAAUUUGACAGGACGAGCAAAGACUUGGGCCUUAGGGGUCAAGCUUCACGAUCCAAACGUGUUUAAGUCGUUAGAUUUCUUGAACUCUCGGCUCGAAGAGACGUUUGAGCCGCCGAGAGCCGAGUUCAAAGCACGCUCUGCACUCUUGAGGCUCAAGCAAGGUAAGCGUGAUGAGCAUGCUUACGCACAACACCUGCACUACCUUGCGAGCAGCGUCAUGGAAAACCCGAUUGAUGAGCACAUGCUCAGCAAGGUUUUCAUCUACGGCAUCGUAGAUGGGCCGGUGAAGAUCCACAUGUUCGAGAGAACUUUCAUACGCUUAAAAGGCGAUAGCGUAUGCGGAACAAGAGGAAUUUAG